AUGACCAGCACCUGCUAUUGCAGCAUGACCGCAAAGGCCAUUUGUUUGCUGCUGCCCUUAGUAGGUGCAGCCCGUGCUGCACGUGAGGCCCGCGCAGAUUUGGGCAUCUUGGAAGUGGAGCGCCCCCGAUUGCAAGAGAUGAAGCUCGAUAGCCUUCAGCAAGUCAUCAACUCCGCUGCUGCUGGAGAAACGCUGCUUUGGCGGAGGCUGACCGGGCAGCCUACGCAGGACCUUUGGACCUCCGGUCUUGAAGGGUACGAUGUCAGUAGGACCUUGGAGGCGUACCAGAUCGAUUCCACUGCCAAGCUGCGACAGGCGAUGGGUGCUGCUGUGCAGCUCGAAUGCUUUGGCGCGGUGCUGGAUCCCCUGCACAGGAUGCACUUGCAAGACCGCAUUCUUUCUAAUCUUGAAUGGAACGUCCCCGAGAAGCUCGUGGGUGAGUUUGGUCAGGAGGUCUUGGGCUGCAGAUGUGCUGGAGGUAAGACUACACAUGGCAACUGUGGGUAUCACUUCCACUUCAUGUCCAACGAGGAGAAACCCUGGUGUCGAACAAAAUUCGGCUGUGGACACUACUCCAUCAAAGGACCCUGGGUCUACUGUGACGAACAGAGCGUCGAGCGCCGUAGAGCCGACGAUGGCAAGCUGUACAACGCCCUGCAGUUUAAGAAGUUCUUCGACAAGGAGGGGAAGGAUAAGUGGACAAACGCUGCCAAGUACAUCGAAACGCGAGUUGCUCGGAACGGCAAGGCCUACACUGCAGGCGAGUUCCGUGACUACUACAUUGACUACUUGGGCGAGGAAGGCUGGGUGAAGGAAUGGUCCUCUUCGAAGGAGGAGUCUCGCAAGGCCAACGAUGGGAAGUUCUACACCUUCGACGAGUUUAUGCAGCACUAUGGCAAGGAGAAGGCAUGGCAAAUGUGGGACACUGCCACCAAGCUGCGCCCAGAGCUUUGA